CUUCAGAACACGAAGAGUGCGCACGAAACAGGUCUCCACUAAACGGUUUCGAGCAACAGAUAUCCGACACAAGACACCUUAGAUUGGAGGAAGGUACUGCGUGACUGUUUAUGACAUAACGCAGUAAACCUGGAGACACGAUUUUUUUUUUGUACAGUAUGGAGAAUAUUUCAAACCCUGUCAAGACGAACUCACAAUGCAACUUUAGCAUGUACUUUUAUUACUACAGUUCUCCCAACCGGUCCGAUUUUAACUGUACGCCACCGGAGGACUACUUUUUUUACGCAGAUCUGUACGUAGUUCUCCCGGUUAUUUACUCUGUGAUAUGCGCGGUGGGAUUAACCGGCAAUACGGCAGUUAUCUAUGUCAUAUUGAAGGCGCCUAAAAUGAAGACAGUCACUAACAUGUUUAUUCUAAACUUGGCAAUUGCUGAUGAUCUCUUCACGUUAGUUUUGCCCAUUAACAUUGCUGAGCAUCUCUUGCACUAUUGGCCCUUUGGUGAAGUGCUCUGCAAAAUUAUUUUGAGCAUUGACCAUUACAAUAUUUUCUCUAGCAUAUAUUUUCUUCUGGUUAUGAGCGUUGACCGAUACUUAGUAGUUCUUGCAACUGUGCGCACAAAACGCAUGCCGUAUCGUACAUACAGGGCAGCUAAAAUAGUCAGCCUGUGCGUUUGGUUGCUGGUGAUUCUAAUCGUGGUGCCCUUCACAGUGUUUGGAGGAGUCUACAUCAGCCCGGACGACAGCGAGCGGAAAAGCUGUGUGCUAAGUUUUCCCAGCCCAGAAGGUUUAUGGUUCAAAGCAAGUCGGAUUUAUACACUCAUACUAGGCUUUGCCAUUCCUGUCUCCACUAUCUGCAUACUCUACACUAUGAUGCUGUACAAACUGCGCAACAUGAGACUCAACACAAACGCCAAAGCCCUGGACAAAGCUAAAAAGAAAGUGACCAUCAUGGUGUUUAUUGUACUUGCCGUGUGUUUGUUCUGCUGGACUCCAUUCCAUCUCAGCACCAUCGUAGCUCUUACCACAGAUCUGGGCACUACGCCACUCGUCAUCGGUAUUUCUUACUUUAUAACCAGUUUGAGUUACGCAAACUCCUGCCUCAAUCCGUUCCUUUACGCUUUCUUGGAUGACAGCUUUAGGAAAUCGUUUAAGAAGAUGCUAGAAUGUAGGGCUGGCUGAAUGUAAAGCACAUGAUGCAGUUGUGUGUCUUCAAAGAGUACAGUUCUAAUGCUGAACGGUAAAAUCGCAGAUGGCCUGAGCUAAUAGACGAACCGUAAUUAAGUGGAUGGGGCAUCGAAAGUCAGCAUUUGUCUCCCUCUUGUGUCUAAAGUCAUCAUCAUUUUCUCUGAAAGAGCUUUAAUCAUUACUUAUUUCGCUGUAUGAUUUUGCCAUACAAGUAUGAGUAUAUGAACUGAUUGUUGUAUUUUUUUAAGAAAAAAAAAUGCACGUGUGUGUGUGCACACGGGGUGGGCCAUGAGUUUCCAUACGUAGGAAAAAGUUAUAUUUUUUAUUUAUUUUACCAAAUUGUAUUAUAUGGUCCAUAUGGUUAACAUUGUACACCAUGACG